UUAUAGAGAGAAAUUAUUUUAAUUUAUAUAACUGUUUCACUUUGCUGCAACACAGUCAGUGAGAAAGAGUUGCUGAAACAUGGAGAAAGCAAUUGAAAGACAGAGAGUGUUGCUUGAACAUCUUCAACCCAACUCUUCAAAUCCAAUCUUUUCGUCUCAAACACAUCAAUCUCCAGGUCUCACUGCUUCAUUUUGUUUUGCUGGGAGUUGUUCACAUGGAGAAUCAGGUGUAUCAGAAGAUGACGUGGUGAUUGUAGCUGCAUAUCGUACUGCCAUUUGCAAAGCAAAGCGUGGGGGCUUUAAGGAUACCCUUCCAGAUGACCUCCUUGCCACAGUUCUGAAGGCUGUAAUAGAGAAAACAAAUGUGGACCCAGGAGAAGUUGGAGACAUAGUUGUGGGUACAGUACUGGCUCCUGGAUCAGAAAGAGCAAUUGAGUGCAGAAUGGCUGCUUUCUAUGCAGGUUUCCCAGAGACUGUGCCACUUCGAACUGUCAAUAGGCAAUGUUCAUCUGGACUUCAGGCAGUUGCUGAUGUAGCUGCUUAUAUAAAAGCAGGGUUCUAUGACAUUGGUAUUGGGGCUGGAUUGGAGUGUAUGACACUUGAUCAUAUUUCAAGGGUUCGCAAAAUUAACCCAAAGGUAGAAACCUUUGCACAAGCCCGGGAUUGUCUUCUUCCAAUGGGAAUCACUUCUGAGAAUGUAGCACAGCAUUACGGUGUGACAAGGCUAGAGCAAGACCAGGCUGCUGUUGAGUCUCACAAGCGUGCUGCAGCUGCAAUAGCAGCUGGUAAAUUCAAAGAAGAAAUCAUUCCGGUUUCUACCAAGAUUGUAGACCCUAAAACUGGAGUGGAGAAGAAAAUUGUUGUUUCUGUCGAUGACGGUAUCCGACCAAACACAAAUUUACCGGAUUUGGCUAAGCUGAAGCCUGCAUUCAAGAAAGAUGGGUCCACAACAGCAGGGAAUGCUAGCCAAGUUAGUGAUGGUGCAGCAGCUGUGCUCCUCAUGAAGAGAAGAGUGGCUGUGCAAAGGGGGCUUCCCAUUCUUGGAAUCUUUAGGAGUUUUGCCGCUGUUGGAGUAGAUCCUUCAGUCAUGGGUGUUGGCCCGGCUUUUGCAAUCCCAGCUGCAGUGAAAUCUGCUGGUCUUGAGCUUGGCAACAUUGACUUAUUUGAAAUCAAUGAGGCAUUUGCAUCUCAGUAUGUUUAUUCCUGCAAGAAAUUGGCACUUGAUCCCAGAAAGGUCAAUGUCAAUGGUGGUGCCAUUGCUCUUGGACAUCCUCUGGGUGCUACAGGUGCACGCUGUGUUGCAACUUUGUUGAAUGAGAUGAAACGACGUGGCAAGGAUUGUCGCUUUGGUGUAAUCUCAAUGUGCAUAGGGUCAGGUAUGGGAGCUGCUGCUGUACUUGAAAGGGGAGACUGAUGAAGGUUUGUACAAGUUUAGAAUGGGUAGAAAAAAUAAUAAUGCUUGAUAUUAGACAUAUCAUUAGAAGUCUUGAAUUAAGUUCUGAUUGAAAUGUUCCAAAAAAAUCGCAAGCAUUUAUUAUAACCAUGACUAUUGCUGCAGCUAUGAAAUAUUUUGAGUGCAAAGAUAGAAUUGUUUGUACCAGGCAAUUCUUUAUUUCCAUCUGAUGCUUAAUAAAAGACUCGAAGAAGAGAGAA